CGGGUGGAUGCAGUUCCGGCAAGAGGCUGCGGGCGCCGCUGUUGACCGAGCAGGAGCCGAAGGAAGCCGGAGCGCUGCAGGCAGCCCCGCCCGCUGCAGCCGGACUCGCUCGCUGGCUGUCUCUGCGUUCGGAAGCACUGCGAACGUCCCCCCGGUGCGGAGACGGGCUGCCGCGAACCGGAAAGGUCUGUGGUAGGAGACCGCAGCGGGGAGACGAAACCGUAACAAGAAACAGAUCUGAAUCUGUGGCGGCGGUGGAGAUGUGCGGGGCGAGGAGGCUCUGGAGCGGGCGGACGCGGGCCCUGCUGUGCUGCAUCCUGCUGUCGGCAUGGGAAGCGGUGUGGGGGCAGCUGCGCUAUACGAUGCCUGAGGAAAUGCCCAAGGGCUCCUUCGUGGGUGAUGUGGCUAAGGACUUGGGACUGCAGAUGACUGCAAUCAGAGACAGUGGCAUACGCAUCUUAGACAGAGGUAUGACGCAGUAUUUCUCUCUGCACGGCAAAACGGGGCACUUGGUAACGGCGGCGAGGAUAGAUAGAGAGCAGCUGUGUGAGAAUGAGCAGCAGUGCGUGCUGCGGUGUGAGCUGAUAGUGGAGGGGGAAAUGCAGGUGUACGGAGUCGAAGUGGAAAUCACUGAUAUUAACGACAACGUGCCCAGUUUCCCAGAGCCAGAAACGCAGCUGAAAAUGAGCGAGACGAUAGCUCACGGAUCUCGAUUUCCUCUUGUCGAAGCUCAGGACCCAGACUUGGGGGCUAAUUCUGUCCUGAGGUACGAGCUGAGCGGUGAUGAGCACUUCUCACUGGCCGUGCAGGCGGGCCCUGGAGGAGAUCGGCAUCCCGAACUUGUGGUGGCCAAGGCACUAGACAGGGAGGAGGCGGCCUUUCACGAUCUGGUACUGAGCGCUAGGGACGGCGGAGAGCCGUCGCGGACGGGCACGGCGCGAAUCAGGGUGGUGGUAGUGGACGCGAAUGACAACGCGCCCGUGUUCAGCCCGGCUGAGUACACAGUGCGUGUGCCUGAGGACGUGCCCGUGGGUUCCACCCUCAUCACUGUCACGGCCACCGAUCCCGACGAGGGAAUGAACGGGCAUGUGAAAUACUCGUUGAAGAAAAUCACGGAGAAAGCAUCGAAGAUUUUCGAGCUGGACUCUGAGACUGGAGCAAUCACUCUGGUGCAGAGUCUGGACUUCGAGGAAGGAAAGUCCUACGAACUGGAGGUGCAGGCAAGGGAUGGCGGCGGCCUUUUUGAUACGGCAAAGAUCGAGAUCACAGUGACAGACGUCAACGACAACCAGCCUAAACUGAUAGUGACAUCUCAGCUGAGCGAGAUUUCGGAGGAUGCCCCGUCGGGAACGGUGGUGGCCUUGAUGCACGUGCAAGACCGGGACUCGGGGACAAACGGACAGGUGCGGUGUUCCCUAGAUGCCGAUGUCCCGUUCCGUCUGGAGAAGUCCUUCGAGGGUUAUUAUCGAGUGGUGACGAUGAAGGAGUUGGACCGGGAGGAAGUAGCGGAGUACAACGUCACAGUGAGGGCUGCCGACGGCGGGACGCCGCCGCUGUGGAGCAGUGCCGUGCUGGCGCUGCAAGUACUGGACGUGAACGACAACGCACCGGUGUUCAGCGAGGCGAGCUACAGCGCCCGGCUGGCCGAGAACAACGCGGCGGGCGCGCUGGUGCUGACGGUGCGGGCGAGGGACGCGGACUGGGGGCAGAACGCGCGCGUGCGGUACCGGCUGGGCGAGGGGCGGGUGCGGGACGUGCCGCUGUCGUCGUACGUGUCGGUGCAGGCGGAGACGGGCGCGCUGUACGCGCUGCGCUCCUUCGACUACGAGGAGGUGCGCGAGGUGGGGCUGUGGGUGGUGGCGGAGGACGGCGGCUCCCCGGCGCUGAGCAGCAACGUGUCGGUGCGGAUCGUGAUCGUGGACGAGAACGACAACGCGCCGCAGGUGCUGUACCCAGCGCCGGCGCCCGUGUCCGGGGCCGGUGUCCGUGGCUGGUCGGGCGUGGAGCUGGCGGCGCGGUCGGCGGAGCCCGGCUCGCUGGUGGCCAAGGUGGUGGCGGUGGACGCGGACGCGGGUCAGAACGCGUGGCUGUCGUACGAGCUGGCCAAGGCGACGGAGCCGGGGCUGUUCCGCGUCGGGCUGCACAGCGGCGAGGUGCGCACUGCGCGCUUCCCGCUGGCCCGCGACGCGGCCCGGCAGAGCCUGGUGGUGCUGGUGAAGGACCACGGGCGGCCGGCGCUGUCUGCCACGGCCACGCUGACGGUGGUGCUGGCUGAGAGCGUGGCCGAGAUGCUGGCCGAGGUGGGCAGUGCGACGGCAGCGGUGCCAGGCGAGUCCUCCCGCAUCCUGACGCGCUGGCUGGUGCUGGCCGUGGCAGCUGUCUCCUGCCUCUUCCUCGCCUUCCUGCUACUGUUACUGGCAUUGCGCCUGCGGCGCUGGCGCCGCUCGCAGCUGCCUUCGCCGGCUGGCGGGGUCUUGCGUGGCGUCCCUGCCACACACUUCGUGGGCAUCGACGGCGUCCGCGCCUUCCUGCGCUCCUACUCGCAAGAGAUGUCUCUCACCGCCGACUCGCGCAAGAGCCAGCUCCGCUUGUCUCCCGCCAGCUGCUGCGACACCCUUCCGGUCCACCCGCCACCCGUGGAGCCCUCCCCGUUGCUUGUGGAGGAACAUGCCGGUGCCCACCCACAGGACCCCGACGCUGCCCCGGUGAGUGCCUGUCCACAGACCUAUUUCCACACGCCUCCCGUUACUGCUCCCCUGUCCUCAUCCUAUUCUAGUGUGGCUGCUGAGGCAGGAUUCUUGACAGGGAAUACAAAGCUACUUCCACUUUCAUGCUGACUGCUUACGGCUAUUGUUGCCGGCAGGUGACCGUGGAAUGGUACCUCAGCGUUUCUGUAUUAGAGACAGACAGUGUCAGGCUGCUAUUGGCUGCAGUUUGGUUGGAGCAGGAGUUUUACUUUUGCCCCAAGUCAGGUCCUCAUUGUGUCUCCAACUCGUCUAAUACUGAUUUUAUGGCCAGAAUGAACUCUUUUGAAGCAAUGUGUUGUAUUAUUAGCUGUUGGAUAUCUCCAUUAUGACCAUUUUCCCCACACUACAUGUGCUUGGGUGGGAUGUGAAUGUGUUUGGAAGUAACUUCCAAGCUCAGAUACAUAACCUAGCAUUAUGAUUUCUGAUGUUCUCAACGUCUGUCUUGCUCCAUUAUAGCACAGGAAAUGUCAUUAUCUUAGUCCAUGCUUUGGUGUUUGUGCAUUAGGUGGAGAAAUGGGCUAGACAGCAACUUGUCCAUCAGCAAUUUAUUUCUGUCCUGUUAAGAUGAAGGAGAUUCAUUAGAGUUCUAUCUCUUUGAGAAAGCAGGUUCAUAGAUGCAUGUGAAGGGAUGGGUAGAGGAUUUGAGAUAUGUGUCUUGUGGAUUCAUUGACUCUUAUGGUUGACUUAUUUAAAAGAAUCUUUGUGUACCUUAUUAUGUUAUUGCAAGCACUAUAUGAGAGUGAUUCAAGUUGUAGGAUGAGAUAAAAGGAGAGUUUGACCAUGUAUCUUCCUUCUCAGUACAGAGAUAUAAAGGUAUCUGUUUCAAGUCUUUGGUGUAAUGAUGAUGUAUAGCGAAGCAAGAUUUUCUGGGCAAAAGGACAUGAAUUUCUGAGGGUGAAAGAACAUCAUGCAGUUUGUUAGAGAUUGGAAAUGUGAUUUAAGGGAGCUGGGCCUGAGGGAGCUGCUGAAAAGAGAAUGUGCUGCUCCUUUCCCAUGGGUGCUUUGAGAAGAGCAAAAUGUGUAUUUUGCACCUGAGAAAAACAUUAAUUAUAUAGAAUCAUAGAAUCAACCAGGUUGGAAGAGACCUCCAAGA